AUGAUUAUGGAAGAGCCAUCAGUGGAAAGCCGGCGAUCCAGCCACCUGGUGCUCGAGCACUCGCCGGAGACGAAGAAACGGGUUGAUGAGCUGGCGACGAUCACACUGGAGGCGACGCAGACCAAGGCUGAAGUCAAGGCCAAGGUUGCGGACGUCACGUCUAAUUCAAAGCCCGGCUCGCCGAGGCCUGACGAUGAGAUACCCGAGCCGUCGUCAAUUCCACAAUCCUCAAAAAUCGUCGAGCCGCAAUUGUCGCUGGAGAUUCUGCCGAGCCAUAAAAAUUCGGUGCGCGAGGAUCCGGAAUUGUUGCGGAAUGUGGAUGAGCUUCGAAUGUCCUUGAUUGAACGGCUCCGGCUGCGUGUCGGCAUUGGAAAUGAACUGUACAGGGCCACACUGGCCGAGCUGUUCGCCACCGGGUUCCUCGUGUUCGCCGGCACGUGCGUGAAUGCGCAGCACGUACUGUCGAGUGGCCGAUACAAUGCGUGGAUUGGGGUGUGCGUCGGCUGGGGACUCGCCCUCGCUUUUGCCGUCCAAAUGGCUUACAGGGUAUCUGGCGCCCACCUCAACCCGGCCGUCUCGUUUUUCCAGCUCACCCAGGGAAAAAUCUCGCCCCUGCGCUUCAUCCUAUUUGUCAUCGCGCAGAAUGUCGGCGCCUUUUUCGGGGCCGUGCUCACGUUUUUGGUGUAUUACGACAAAAUCAACAGCUACGACCGAGGGCGUCGCUUCGUCACCGGCGCAAACCGGACGGCCAACAUCUUUGGAACGUUCCCCGAGCGCCAUCUAUCCGUGUUGGGCGGGCUUUUUGAUCAGGUGGUCGGCACGGCGGUGCUGUGCAUGCUGAUCGCGUGCGUCGUCGACCGUCGCAAUCGCAUCCCGCCAUUCAUGCAACCGGCCUUCAUUGGGACGAUCCUGAUCUUGAUCGGCAUGACGCUAGGAAUGAACGCCGGCUACGCGAUCAACCCGGCCCGCGAUUUCGGGCCCAGGCUUUUCACGCUGAUCGCCGGAUAUGGAUGGGGAGUGUUCAGCUACAACCGCUAUAAAUGGUUCUGGAUCCCGUGGGUGGGCCCCAUGAUCGGGGCGGUGAUCGGCGCCUGGCUCUACGAGUUCUUCAUCGGCUUUCACAUCCCCGAUGACCCGGACACGUCGUAUAUUCACAGAAUCGUCGACGACCGCAACCCAGAAGGGAAUCUCCGCGAAAUCCACCUCAUCGAGACGAGGCCGGCCAGCGAGCGCCACGAUCCACCACCUCCGCAGCAGAUCGCUGCCCAGUCGCAGAAGCCGACAUCCUAUCGGAACCUC